CUCCUGCUGCCAAGUUGGGCUCUUCGCCGAGCCCCCUCCCGUGGUCACGCCGGGUUCUGAAUAUUCCGAGUGGGCGUUUCUCCAGCUCUCUAUGACUGUCGCUCCCCUCACUGGAACUAAACAAUCAGGUGAUUCUUUCCACAGGGCGUUGCACAUUGAACACCAACAUCAGCAUCGUUUCAUUAAGAAAAACCGGCCAAUUAUAUUUUACAUUCCAUUUCUCUAAAAAAAAACACCCUGUUUUAUUUAUAUCAGUAGCUUUUAUAUUACAGAUAAUUUAUUUGUUGUAAAGUGUUAACAGAAAGCAGAUAAGCAGAAUGGAGACGGAAAUCCAUGUGCCCGUCGGUUCGCCGGUAAUCCGAAAAUUGUCCAUUUGCGUGGACGAGCAUAACGUAAUACCCGGUGCAUUGAAACUGAUCAAAAAGCUUCGACCCUCCUGGGACACCGACCGGGUACAAACCAAGUUGUUCACGGAUGGCAUCACUAACAAGCUGGUGGGCUGCUAUUUGGAGGAGUGCCCGGCCGACACGGUGCUGGUCCGGGUCUAUGGGAAUAAGACAGAGCUGUUUGUGGAUCGGGACAAUGAGCUGAAGAGUUUUCAAGUCCUGCACGCCAACGGCUGCGCCCCGCACCUCUACUGUACCUUCCAGAAUGGGCUGUGCUAUGAGUUCAUGCAGGGGGACGCAAUGGGACCCCAACACGUCCGGGACCCUGUGCUUUUCAGACUGAUUGCUGUGGAGAUGGCACGGAUCCACACUAUCCAUGCCCACAACGGCUGCAUUCCCAAACCCAACCUGUGGAUCAAGCUGCGGAAAUACUUCUCCCUUGUGACCACAGAGUUCACAGCAGAGGCCUCCAACAUCAGGAUCCAGCAGGAAGUGCCCAGCCUGGAAGUGCUUGAACAGGAAAUGGCGUGGAUGAAGGAGCACCUCUCGCAGCUCGGCUCUCCCAUAGUGCUUUGUCACAAUGACCUGCUGUGUAAAAACAUCAUCCACAACGACAAAGAAGGCCAAGUCCGUUUUAUAGAUUACGAGUAUGCCAGCUACAAUUACCAGGCCUUUGACAUUGGGAACCACUUCAAUGAGUUUGCAGGAGUGAGCGAGGUGGACUACUCCCUCUACCCCAGCAGGGAGUUACAGAUGCAGUGGCUGCACAUCUACUUGCAGGCCUACAAGCGCUUCACCAAGAAGGGGGAGGAGGUGACAGAGUGUGAGAUCGAGACGCUCUACGUGCAGAUCAACAAGUUUGCUCUGGCUUCUCAUUUCUUCUGGGGCUUCUGGGCGCUCAUUCAAGCCAAGUACUCCACUAUCGACUUUGACUUUCUCAGGUACGCUGUGCUGCGGUUCAAUCAGUACUUCAAGAUGAAGCCUGAAGUGAUGGCGCUGGAGAUCCCUGAAUGAUCCCUGGCCUCUUACAGCAGCAGCAGCUCCUCCUGAAGUCUUUUUAAGACUUCAACCAAGACGCAGAAGCACUUUUCAUCUGGGAAUUGAGGUUACACUGGUUAGACUAGUUAGUCUGGUGAAGAGGAGGGGGAGGAUUGCACACAUUGCACAAGCCCUGCCCUUUCCUGUUCUCCUUCCAUGUCUAGCUGCAGCACAUCGUAACCAUACAUGAAGAUUGUUUUAGUUGGAUGAUUAGACCACCAUUUUGCCAGAUUCUUGUUUUGCCUGAAUGUCGUUGAAUUGUGGGUCGUGGAGUGAGAUCCUAGACAGACUGAACUGUGACAUCACUCCCUUAAUGUGUGGUGCCACGGUGGCCAAAUCAAAACUGUAAAACUUGUGAUUUAAUAUUUGUGUGUUGGACAUGACAGGCAAGCUGAUCCCAUCUGAAUUCUGCACAAGGGGCUGAUCUGAAUGAAUUCAUGCAGUAAACUGAACGUGUGUAAAUCAGUAUUCAUGUAGAUCUACUCAAUCUCAUUAAAUACUGUCCCACAGUCUCAGUUUAUUGGAUGCGUUUUCUGUCUUUUGUUCUAACCCCCCUGUUUAAUAGUAACUUUUCUGGUGCAGUCCAUAGUUUGGAAGCAGAAUUACGGGAGGGGUAGAGGACCGUGAAUUUUAAAGCUGAUUUUUUUUGGAUUGGGGUAGGUUUAUUUUUUGGUGUUCUAGAAUGUAAGUAGCGCUAUCCCCUUUCUGAAAGGCCAUGGCAGAGGGACAAACCUGGAAACAGGCAUUUAUUACAAAAAGAUAUUCCACAUACUGUGAAUGUAGAGCACUGUGACCUACCUGUCCAUGGUACUCACUCCUGAUUGGCUAAGCUAUAUCUUGGGCACCCCUUGUCCGAAUCUGAUGGAACUUACACCCUUUAUUAUUUGCAUUUAAUAUCCUUGUGUGUCACAAGGAAUGUGUAUAUACCUUUGGUUAUUAAUGUGACAAACCCUCCCUGUUUUAGGGAUAAGAUUUAAUGCAAGAUAGACGAGUAUCGGUUACUUUCUGUUAAAUAAUUCAUCUGAAAUAUUUCUUGCUUGUUUUUAUCGUGAAGAAAAUAAUUUACAACAAAUGUUGCACUUCAGUUACAAAUUAAGCAAUGUGAGAGUUAAUUAAUAAUCAAUGAACUGUGAAUUAUUUAAAGGUAUUUUGAAAUGGAUAAUGUAUAAAUACAUUCUGAAGUAAGAAUAUAAAAUCUGAAAGUAAAUGAAGAUUUUGGGAGUAAUUGAAGACGUCUAGAACACAGCUGGACUUUACUGAAAUUGUAAAACUAGGCGACACAGUGACUGCAUACAAAGCAUUUCAGCUGUGGAGGAGCUGACGUUCCUGGGUGAAGUUUAUCGGUCACCGAUAUUAAAACGUGGUCCUGUCUUUAAAAAAAUGUCACAUUUGAUAUAUUAAAAUAUUAUCGUGGUAGUUUGUCCAGGAAGCCCAGGGACUGAAUCGCAGGGAGUGAGGGAUGUUCGGCUCAUUGUUUUCGUGUGAAACCAGCCUGCACAGCCUGGCCUGGCUGCAGUCACUCUAGCAACUGGUUUCACACAUUCCUAUUGGCACUAGCCAACCUUUGCCGCCAUUGCUAAAAUGCAUCUCUGAAACCAGCCUUGUGGGUAAUGAAGUAUCAUAUGUGCAUUUUUAAAUGGUUGCAAUGCCCUAUUUAUUUAUUUUUUAUACAGAAAAUGUGGUACUAAUUGCUAAUUAAGUCAUAUGUAAGUGCUUUGAUGUUGCUAUAAGUAUUUGCAAAGAACUUAAUGCGCUUUUUGUAAUAAGAAGUCCCACUAAAACAUUAGAUCAAUAGCUAGACUACUGCAAUAGUGCACCUCCUAACAGAUCCUGAUUAGCUCUUCUCAUGGCUCCCUAAUCUAAGGUAAUAUUAGGUAGUCCUGAACCUGGUUGAUUUAAGUGCUGUGUAAUAACAUGUAAUGGCAGUUACGUGGUACCUAAUGUGCAAUCCGUAUUUAAAACACUUGCACAAACACACACUCUCAUUUCAAACACACGUUCAUAUUAUCAACACUAGCGGAUACCAAUGACUUUUUUUAUUUUAUUUUUUUUAGUUGUGUGUCUUGAGAAUAACAUUGCCCUGCUUCGAAUGAUUACCUUUGUGAAUGUACUGACCCAAUUUAACUUGAAUUGUACAGAAUGCCUGUGAGUUGAAAUUCUAUGCUGUUAACUGUUUGAAUCGUGUAUAGGAUUUGUUACAGGAGGAAGAUUAAAUGUUAAUCAUCUAAAGAACGUUGAAAUGGAGAGUGCUGGGGGGGUCCCCGCGCUCGUGUUUUGUGAGUGUGCUGCAUUUUGUUUUGGGGGGGAGUGGAAAUAACAGCAACCUGUAAAUACUGUAAUUUUGUGAAGAUUCCUGGUGUACAGUGGCACUUUUACAAUUGUGUAUGUUCUUACUGGAAGAUGCUAUUUUACACUGGCUAGUAAAUAUUUGCAUUAAAAGACCAAAAAAAUAAU